CCUUUAACGACGUUUCUUCUUCUUCCUCGCUUGCUGCGCCGCUUAAUCGACCUCUCCAGUAAACUUCCGUAGCAAAGCGUCUUCGAAUAUUCUCUUAGGCGAUUUGAUCGCGGUAACAUAGAAACCCUAGCUCCGCGAGAUUUGUCCAGCCGCACAAUUUCCCAGUGUUCAUCAACAGGCGGCGUGUGAGCGAAAGAAUGGCUCGGGACAACGAUCAGAAGAAGAAGAAGCAGAAGAGGAAAAGAAGCAGUGAGAAUAGUGUUGAGAAAGUAGUAACUAAUGAAGAGAAGCAGAAGCAGAAUCAGAAGCAGCAACAACAAGGGCAACAAGGGAAUCCAAGCAAGAAGAAGAAAAGCCAAGAGGUUUUUCCAUUCGGAAACUACAGAAACUACUAUGGAUACAGAAUUGGCCAUGACAUGGAUGAGGAUCCUCGGCUUAAAGUGUUGAAGAAAGAAUGGUUUCAGGGCAAAGACUGUCUUGACAUUGGCUGCAAUAGCGGGAUUAUGACUAUCCAUAUUGCUAAGAAGUUUGGUUGCCGGAGCAUUCUUGGAGUUGAUAUUGAUUUAAGUCGAAUUGAGGAUGCUCACUGGCAUCUUAGGAAGUUUGUCAGAAUGCAGAACUCUGCUAUGCCAAAUGAAAAGAAAUCUAGCUCAGAGGGUUUGAAGGAGCAAUCUGUAUCUCUCUCCGAUGGUGAGACAAAGACAGACAGCCAAGAAACUAGAAACCUGUCUCAGAUUGUCUCGUUUCAGAAAGAGAACUUUGUUCAAACUCGAAAUCUUGACGACAAUCGUUAUGAUACUAUUCUAUGUUUGAGUGUGACAAAAUGGGUUCAUUUGAAUUGGGGUGACGACGGUUUGAUAACCUUAUUUUCAAAGAUUUGGCGCCUUCUUAACCCGGGUGGUAUUUUUGUAAUGGAACCUCAGCCUUGGAAAUCUUAUGAAAACAAUCGUCGUGUCUCAGUGACAACUGCAAUGAAUUACCGAAAUAUUGUUUUACGUCCAGAUCGUUUCCAAGAAAUUCUUCUUGAUAAGAUUGGGUUUAGGACAGUGGAAGACCUUACAUCAAGCUUGUCCGGCGCAAGCAAAGGGUUUGAUAGACAGAUCCUUGCAUUCCAGAAAUGAACUUAACAACUACAGGCCUCACUGAAGAAGAAGAAGUUUAGUUUUUGAAAAGCCUUGUGAAAAUCAAAUUAAUUUGCGGUUAGGUAAGAGUAUCGGCAAAGGUUUUGAACACUAAGAUGUGAAGCACAACUACAAAUCGCUUCAUACUUAAUAUGUAACGUAGUUUUGCUAUUAGGCUCUCUAAUCCAAUUCCAAAGUGGUUCUCUUUUUGUACACGGUUUCAGCUGAUAAUGGCACAGAACCUAUUGC